ACCGACCGUGGUUGACUUAACCAGCUGUUCAUUCCAACGGAAUUAACCAAUCGUGUCUGUCGUUAACCAAUAUUGGCAAAUGCGAUUGGUCAAUUCCGAUAGAGUAAUCAACCGGUUAAAUUUAAUCACAGUUGGUAGAAACGGGCGUAAAUAAAUCAAGACGUACAGUUCACGAGGCAAUAUGGUUCUUCGUUUUGACAAUUCUCGAUAAGUUCAUCUCGACAGACUGAAGGAGCAGGGGCUCCAGGUCAUCACGAAGGGAUAGAACAAUAGAAUAGUUCACGGGAAGUUUUAACGAUGAAUAGAUUCGAAUACGCUGAUUCUCGGCUGCAGCCGCAUGAGACUUUUGUGAGACGUGACAUGGCUGUACGUCUGUAUGAUGGUGAUACAAAGACUAACUUUGAAGGCGGAGAACUAAUUCUAUCUAGUCACAGGAUACUUUGGGGUAGACCUGGUGACAUACCACGAGGUAAUACUUGCCUGUCAUUGCCACUUAGAUACAUUAUUUUUUUCGAGGAAGAAAAUUUUGGGCCCUUUUCCUUUGGGCGCAGUAAAAAGAUUGUGUUACAUCUCUCUGAGCCUGCUAUUGAUAAAAUGCCAGGCCCAACAGACAAGAAUUUGCAUAAUUAUGUCAAAUUAUCCUUUAAAGAAGGCUUGGAUUCAAAUUUUAUAACACAAUUGUCUGAUACAAUUAUGAGACGAAUGUGGGAAUUUGUUCCUCCUACUAAUUUAAUGUCCAACAUGAAUGUCCAUGAUAAUCAAACAAAUUCAGGACUGUUACCGCAGAUAAAAACACGAACGGGAAUCAUAGGCAUUGAAAGAAGUCUACAAGAGAAGCAAAAAGAAACUGAUGAAAGUAUUUCAUUGGCAUUUCAAGACCUCACAAAACUUAUGGAUAUGGCUAAAGAUAUGGUGGCCAUCUCAAAGACAAUCUCGGCUAAAAUAAGGGCGAGGCAAGGAGACAUAACAGAGGAUGAAACUAUCAGAUUUAAGGCUUAUUUGAUGAGCCUAGGUAUCGAUGAUCCAGUAACAAGAGAUGCGUACAAGAGCAGUAAUGAGUACUUUAAACAAUUAGCCAAGCAACUUGCACACAUUUUGGAAGAACCAAUAAAGGAAGUAGGUGGCAUGAUGACACUUACAGACGUUUACUGUCGUGUAAAUAGAGCAAGGGGCUUAGAACUUUUGUCUCCUGAAGAUUUAUUGCAUGCCAGUAGACACCUGGCGUUUCUAGGUUUACCAAUUGUACUAAGAACCUUCGAUAGUGGUGUUAUGGUUCUUCAAGUUCUUUCUCACGAUGAUAAUGCUGUUGUUGAUCGUAUAAUGGAAUUAUUGAAAGAGAAAGGAUCAAUGACGGCGGAGGAUCUCGCGCAAUCGGAAGGGAUGUCAGUAAUAUUAGCACGCGAGAGAUUAUUAGUCACAGAGAAACACGGCAAAGCUUGCAGAGAUGAUUCAAUAGAAGCGUUGAGAUUUUAUCCCAAUCUAUUCUUAGAGGAAACUCCCGUGUCUAGUGAAUAACUUAAUGCUGCCAUGUAAAUACACGCAAAUGAUUGUCUUGUACCGUAAUCGGGAUAACUACGGCCAUGAUGUAACACCAACACGUCAGGUUUUUGUAUACUUCUUAAACCUUUAUACAUCCGGACAAGGCUAAAUCAAAUACAAUUAGGAUACUCUAUGUGCGAACUUAUGUAAAAUAUAAAUACUUAUUUUUAAGCAUAAUUAAUUUAUUCUUCAUAUCUCUAGCGAUGCAUCUUUCUUAAUUAUCGCAAGGCUGACAUAUAUUACUCUCUCCCCUUAAAUAAAAUUUCAGAAAGUAUAAAAUGAGGUAAUCAAACGCAAGGCAUCAUUGGUUAAUAUUGAAAUAUAUUUUUUUUUUAUUUAUUCACUUUAAACGAACUGUGUAAAUAGAACCGCAACCACAUGAUUAACAAUGAUCGUGUAUAAUUAAUAGUAUGUGACUUUCUCUCUUUUCUUUUCUCUUUCUCACACACACAAUUUUUCUCUCUUUCGCGUCUAUAUACACCAAGAGUCAAGUAUGCGCUAUUAUUUACGAGAGUUAUAUACGUUUACAAUCUUAUACCAUGGGACAUAAUAUAUGCCUUAACAUUUAUUUACUAGGAUUUCCUACCUUGUGCGUACAUGUAUACAUGUAUAAGGUUGAAAAUCAUACAAGUGAUCCAAGUUAUAAUGUUAAAGCAUGUAUGAUGCUUAGUGUUUGUACAAGUUUGAAAAUCGUACAAGUAACUCUAAUCGUAACGUCCAGGCAUAUAUAACGUAUAUGGUAUAUAUGUAUACAUAUACAGGAUGGAAAAUUAUUUUCUAAAAUAGUGAGCCAAGGUUUGCACGGGCAUGGUUUUCGGCAAAUUUGGAAUCCAUUUGCCCUCAGCAAAUGUCCAGUGGUACAUCAUCUCGUUUUGCUUCAACUUUUGACAUUAAAUAACUGUACAUUAAAAAUUAACUUUCAAAGAACAAUAAGAACGAACUUAAAAUAUAGUCCACUUGGAAUUAAGAGAGAGAUCAAUUUUUCGUUUAUCUGCACAAUCUUCCUGUGCAGUAAACUGUAAAAAAGCGGAUUAGCCAAUUUGUUUUAAGGAAUGUGUUCUUAAUCGAGAAAGUUCCUUUACUCACUAAUAACGAUAUUACUACUACAUCUAGUUAUUAACAACUUAACAUCUCGACACUUUGACGAAGAGGAAAUGGUCUCCAAAUCAAGCAAGGGAAAUGCCAUCAAAUUCUCCACUAUUUUAGAUACACCCUGUAUCAGACAGACAUUGUACAGCAUGCGAGUAUCCACUGCACAAUUAGCGCGUCCGUCAUUCAUCGAUAAAUUAGAUUAUUUUCCACAAUUCAAUGCGGUUAAAGUUAUUCAUACGAUUAGUAUAAUAUGGUACAAGGUAUCGUAUGUGUAACGAUAUAUGUAUAUUAUAUCUCUCACGAACACGAACUUGAACGUACCCGACCACUUAAAAGCUGUACUUUACAGACAUUAAUUAAAACAUCAAAAGAUCCAACUAUUUUUAUAUCUAAACGAAAAUAUAUUACAUAUUGCUUGAAAUAAUGAAUAAUAAAGUGUAAUCUGUAAUUUACCGUA